AUGACCUCAACCUUCUUUGGAAAUUUGUCCCAAAGUUUCUUAAGUCUCCUUGAAAAUAAUGAAGAAUAUAACAUCAUCAUUGAAAUAGGAAAUGGUUCUUUGAAACAAUCGUUUAAGGCACAUGCAUCCAUUCUAUGCUGUCGUUGCCCUCAUCUCUAUAAUGAGUUGAAAGAUGGCAAGGGAAAUAUCCGAACCAUUACGAAACCGAAUAUUCCAGUAAAAGCUUUUGGCAUCAUUAUCAAAUCUUUGCCAUCCGAUAUUAAAAUUUCAUCGAAAGUUCUUCCGACUCGAAAAACUCCGGAUAGUCUUUACCCCGAGUCAAAAAUAGCUGCAAUUAUUGAAAAUGAAGAAUACGGCCCCCGAUUUGGAGCUACUGAUCUAAGCAU